CAGAUUUGCGGUAUAUUCGUUACUACUCUCCUAAUCCCAACAAACGAAAAAGUUGUAAGGUCUAAUCGAACAUUUGUAAGAGAUGCGAUCGAAAGUCCACCACAAAAUGCCGAUACAAAAAGUCCUUACAUCGCUUCAUCAGGGCUUGGAAGCAAAUUUUUGCCACUUCGAAAUUCUGUCGAAAAAAUUCCCGAUGUAAAAGAAUUUACUAGACGACUUCCUUUGCGAGAUGCAGUGGAAAAAAGAGUUGAUAAUCUUGUCCAAGAGAAACCUGUUAAACAAGAGCACGUAAAAGAUACGUCUUCGGACAUUUCAAAUGAAUUUUCAAUUCAAAAGAAAUAUGGAUUGCUUCAAAGUUUUCUAACCCCAGCAAUGGUACUCCCUCAGCCAGUAAUUCCUAUUGCUGUAUUACCUGAGUACACACACUACUCUCCCUACAGCUAUUUCACUAAAUUAGUAACUGAUACAAAGCAGGCAUCAGAAUAUAGAGUGGAUAACAAAGAUCAACAGUUAUUGAUUCCUCUGUACAGUCUUCAAAAUUCAUUUGUCACAAAUACGCUUACACAAGAUGAAGUGGGUACCUCAGGAACUUCUAAGAAAAUUGUAUGCUACAUUGAAAGUAGUGCUGUAUAUCGAAGAGAACCCUUUAGCUUCAGUCCCAAUGAUCUUGAUCCAUUUGCUUGUACCCAUGUGGUAUACGUUUCAGCAACUAUCGAUCCCAAAACUUUCAAAGUAAUUCCAAGAAAUAAAGAAUAUGAUACUGUUCAAGGUGGAUAUAGAUCAGCAGUUGCGUUGAAAAAGAAAAAUCCGAAUUUAAAAGUACUCAUAGCUGUUGGUGAGAAAAAUGGUAAUACUGAAGCAUUGUUUGAAACAAUGAUGGAAAGUCCCAAACUUCGACAAGAUUUUAUUCGGUCUUUGGCAAAUUUUCUUUACCAUUAUCAAUUUGAUGGAGUCGAUUUUCACUGGCAAUUUCCAGAAAAUAAAAAUGAAAACGAACAAUAUAAUGAAAAAGAACAUUUCGGACGUUUGUUGGAAGAAAUGUACCACAUUUUCCAUCCACAAGGGUGGUUGAUAGCGGUUAGUGCACCACCUUCAAGAUACCAGCUUGCUGGUCUUAAUUUAGACGUUCUUGCAAAAACGGUUGAAUUUGUAAACGUGGAAGCAUACGACUUUCAAAGGUACAAGGAGCCUGCUGCAGAUCAUCAUGCGCCUUUUAACUCCCGGCCACAUGAUAAUGGAAAAGACGAAUUUUAUAAUUUCGAUUAUGCUGCUCAUUAUUGGCUCCAUCAUGGGUUUCCCCGUUCCAAACUAGUAAUGGGUAUACCACUUUUUGGAAGAUCCUAUACACUCAGCAAUCCCAGAGAAAGUGAAGAAGGUGCAAGAAUUACUGGUGUAGGACGUAAAGGAGAAUAUACUGAAACUCCUGGAUUCCUUGCUUAUUUUGAAAUUUGCAAUAUAAUUAAGCAAAGGGAAAUACAAAAGCAGACAGAUGUCAUUGGUUCACCAUAUAUUGUUGAUGGAGACCAGUGGGUAGGUUAUGAUGACUCAGAAAGUAUAGAAAAGAAAGUACUAUAUAUCAGAGAAAUGAAUCUUGGAGGAGCAUCAUUAUGGACAGCAGACUUGGAUGAUUAUAAAGGUCUCUGUGGAGAAAAAUGGCCUCUGUUAAGCACCAUUAACAACCUUCUAAGAGGUAAUAAGUAAAUUAAUAAGUAAAUUAACGUUUCGCCGAAAACUAACGACGUUUUUCCUACAGAAAAUGAUUCUCCUUCAAUUUAUGGCGGAGUAAUUAGUAAACCUUUCCAAAAAUGUACCAAUGACGGUGUUUUUUCUAAUAUAAAAAAUUGUGCUCAGUAUUUUGAGUGUCGUGAUGGCGUGGCCUAUCAGAAAUCUUGUUCAAACGAUAUGCUUUUCAAUGUAAAUACUGGAAGUUGCGAUUCUGUCGAUCCGAUAAACUGCAGACCUGGCCAACAGGUUUUUUUUCCAAGUUCGAAAUCCUCUGAAGUGUACACUAGACCCAGAACGUCUGAAUCUAAUAAACUAAAGGUGGUUUGCUAUAUUACAAGUUGGUCUUUCUAUAGAAAAUCGGAUGGAAAAUUUGUUCCCGAAAAUAUCGACCCUAAACUUUGUACUCACGUAGUUUACGCUUUCGCAAUAUUAGAUUCAAAAAAUUUGACCAUCACCGAAUUUGAUUCUAAUGCCGAUUUAGAUAACAAUUUGUAUAGAAGAGUAACGUCUAUUCGGGGAGUCACUUCCCUCCUUGGUAUUGGAGGCUGGAUUGACUCUGCAGGAAAUAAAUAUUCCAGACUCGUUAGAAGGGAAGGUAACAGACAUAAGUUUAUCACUAAUGUGAUCGUAUAUUUAAAAAGGCAUGGUUUUAAUGGAUUACACUUUGAUUGGAAUUAUCCUGUUUGCUGGCAAAGUAACUGCAGAAGAGGUCCUGAUUCGGAUAAAUCAAACUUCGUCAAACUUAUUAAGGAAUUAAAGGACGAGUUUGAUGAGCAAGAUCCUCCUCUAGUUUUGGCUGCGUCAAUAUCAGGUUACAAAGAAGUAAUCGACGACGCUUACGACAUACCGGCUUUAUCAUCUGCAUUGGACUUUAUGUCAGUUAUGACUUAUGAUUACCAUGGAAGUUGGGAGAAUGUUACCGGUUAUGUCAGCCCAUUGUACGCAAAAAAUAACGACAGGUAUCCUCAGUAUAACACAAACUACACAAUGAAUUAUUUGGUAUCAAAAGGAGCUCCACGUGAAAAGCUCUUAGUUUCAAUACCGUUUUACGGUCAUACGUAUACUUUAGUGGACGGCGAAACAACUUCUGAAAAUGAAGCAGCAGAUUCUGGUCCUGGAGAGCCUGGUGAGUACACGAAUCAACCCGGAAUGCUUGCAUACUAUGAAGUUUGCGAUAAAAUUAAGAAUAAACGGUGGACACUCAGAAGAGUAGAAGGAUUAGGACCCUGUGCAUUUUCCAAGAAGCAGUGGGUAUCGUUUGAAGACCCUCAAUCAGUCAAAGAAAAGGCUCGUUAUAUUCGUUCACAUGGCUUCGGAGGUGCAGUUGCAUGGACGGUGGAUGUAGACGACUUCAAUAAUAAAUGUUGUCGUGAAAGCUUUCCACUAUUAAAAGCUCUACACAGAGGAUUGGGCUUAAUGGCUGAUGAGGAAGUUACUUCUAACUGCAAUAGACCAGCCGCUCCCUUAACACCAGAACCGCCAAAAUCUACAACUGGUUUCGAUACAAGUGCAGAAAGCUCCACCUGGGAUUCUCAUCAUGAUCACGACAGCCAUACUUCUCAAAAACCAAGUACAACUAAAAAUCCUCUGACCACGACGAAGCAAUCAACAAAUGUUUGGUGGGAAUUAUCCACAGACGAAUCAACAUCCACGGAAUGGUGGAAGCCAUCAACGUCUAAAAAAACCACCACAACAUCAAAAACUACAACGCCAUGGCGAGUUCCGUCCAGUUCUCGCCCCACUAAAACUACUACUAAAAAACCAAACCAAACAAAACCAACUCCCGCUGCAGGCGACCACAAGCCAGAAAAGUGUUAUACAAAUCAAUAUAAAUCAGAUCCUUACAAUUGCAACGCAUACUAUAGAUGUAUACAAGGAGAAUUUAGUCAACUGUUUUGUGCUGGAGGAUUACAUUGGAAUAACAACAAGAAAGUUUGUGAUUGGCCUGCUGCUGCUAAAUGCAAAGGUAUGAGGAAUUCCGGUUAAUAAAUUAAAUGCAUAAUGGACAAAUUCUUUCACCGUUUGAGAAAUUUUUAACUGUGUGCAUGCUGGGCUUUUAAAAUUUUUUAUGGAUGGGCUGUUUUUUAAAUUUAAGUACAUUAUAGCUUUAUGGAGGAGCAGUGUAAUAAAUCAAAUUAGUUUAGGGUAUUGUACUAUAUUUAAUGUAUAUAGCUCAAGAAUAAACCCUUUCCCAUUAUUUAUCAUUUCCAAUUCCUUUCGUUAACCAAUAGUAGUAACUUACCUUUUUGUAUAUAGUUUAGGUUUUAAGUAUGUACUACAUUUUUUUGAUUCAUAACAAAAUACCUAACCAAUUCAAUAACAAACCAACUAAUCAGUACGAUUUACCAGUUUGUUAAUUUGCCAAACUAACCAAUAAACCGAUAAAUCAA